GAACUAGAUUUGUUUGGAUGGAGGAAAUGGAAUUUCUGUGAAAGAGAUUACUGGAUCAAUGCCUUUGUUGAUGUUGUUCCACGCAUUGACUAUCGCCAAGUAUCAAAAGCUGAAUUCGUUCAAAAUUAUGAGGCCAAGAACAUUCCUGUAGUAAUUACUCAUGCCACUGACCACUGGAGAGCCCACACAACCUGGACAGAAUCCGCAUUAUUGGAGAAUUACGGAUCUCAUCUAUUCAAAGUGGGCGAAGACGAUGACGAAAACAAUGUGUACCUAAAGAUGAAACACUUCCUACACUACAACAAACAUGAAGGCAGAAAAGACGAUUCACCGCUCUACAUUUUCGACAGAAAGCGACGACGCAAAGCUGAUCCUCUGUCCCCGAUGUUAUUGUUGGGAGACUACCAGGUCCCAAGUUACUUUUCAGAUGAUUUGUUUCGAUUGGCUCGAGAAAGAAGACGACCUCCUUACAGAUGGCUUGUUAUGGGAGGAGCAAGAAGUGGAACUGGAAUUCAUAUUGAUCCUCUUGGUACUUCUGCCUGGAACGCUCUACUUAAAGGACACAAGCGUUGGUGUCUUUUCCCACCUGGGACACCAAAGAAAAUUAUCGAUCCUCCCAUGAAACCCUAUGAUCAUGAAGGUGUUUCGUGGUUCAGUACCGUAUUCCCAAAAUUUAAAGUACGGGAUGGUCCUGAAGAUGACAAUAGAACACUGGGUGAACGCUUAGGGAUGGUCGAAGUUCUUCAACGUCCAGGAGAAACCAUAUUUGUUCCAGGUGGUUGGCCUCAUGUUGUGAUGAAUUUAGAUACCACAAUUGCUGUUACUCAGAACUUCUGCUCCCCAACCAAUCUCGACUACGUUUACCUUUGUACUCGACACAGUCGCCCUAAACUUGGCCAACGCCUUUAUCAAAAGAUCAAACAACUCGGCAAGACAGAUCCAGAAUUUGCAAAAAUGUCAGUUCAGCUCGACAUGGUCCUGUCAGUUCCUCGAUUACCUCCUAGUAGCUCAGAUUCUAGUAGCAGUAGCAGUAGCAGCACUACGCUUUCAUCUUCUGGAGCCUCAGACAAUAAC